AUGUGUAUGAGCUUGGAAAACAACUUGGAAGAAUUUAGAAGUGUUGAAGUAUGUUUUAACUUAUAUUUUAAUUUGAUUUUAGGAGAGCAAGGUGAGAAAACGGCUUGCUGCCUUACCGCGCGAUCGCAUUUACGACUACUUCGAUGGCAUUGAUAGUGUUCUGAAGGAUUUGAAUGAACAGAGAUUAGAAUUGGAAGCGGAUGAAGCUUUGCGCAUUGAAAAUCUUAGAGAAACGAGAGCCCUAUGCAAUUCAGCGAGAAAAGAGUUAGAUUCCUUGAAGGAGAAGCUUUUGCACACGGUAAAGAGCCAUGAAAAUGAAAGAUCUGAGGCCAUGAAAAGUAUUCAUAGUGUAAGUUCUUUAUAAUAUUCUUAAUGUUUGCCUAGAAGGCACCUGAUCUUGUUGAUUACGUCCAAAAGUUGUCGGAGAUGAAGGCUCGACUGAUUGAACUAAAAUUUGCCCAACCUUUCGAGAUGGAAUUGGAGAAUAUUAAGGUGGCAUUGGUUUCACGGGAUUACGAUAGCGUUUUGAGUAGAUAUGAAGCUACGAUAUUGGAAACAUCUCGGGUAAGCUUAGUGUGACCACUUUUUUUUUAUUAAUUUAGGUUCCUUCAUCCGUAGCCAAACAGUUUGAACAGAAGGCCGGCUUGCUAGAUGAUUUCUUGGUUGUCGCGCUUCAGAAGGACCUUUAUCAGCUUUAUCAGAAAAUUCGUUUUCCGUUUGAAUUUUCAAUUGAUUUUCGCGCUGUACGGAGCGACCUGGAAACGUCCGUGCAAAUCUUGAGGUGCUUGCAUAUUAUUUCCAACCGUAAGAGGGAAAAGUCAGUGGUGGAGCUUCUGUCGUUGGUUACCAAGUUAUUCGAAGAUCGAUUUAAUUUCCACUUUUGGGGCACUAAUAAAACCAAUAAUCCAGCAAAACCCGAGUGGUUCUUCAAACAAGUUUUGGACUGGAUCUCCUACAAUGGCGAUUAUUUUUCUGUAUAUCUCCAGCGAGUUUGUGAUAUGGUAAGUCUCAAGGACGAGGAAUAAAUAUUUUAGUUUGAUUGUGAAGAAACUGCCGAUGGAAUUUUUAUCAAGUGCCUGAUCAUGAAGGUGAAAGAUAAAGUGCAGUCCUUGUUGACAAAGGGGUCGUUUAUGUCAAACCGAAUUAUGUUUUCUCAUUUGCUGGAUGAAAGCAUUGCUUUUAGCAAUGAGAUUAACCAACGUAUGUCUUCAAUCUUUUUGUAGUUAUACUUUUAGUCUGCGAAAAUGGAGGUGGUCUGCCGGAUAUCAUGUCUUUGUUUAUGAAGACGGAAAUUAUUGACGAAUGGGUAGAACUUGAAAAAGACGCCAUCGCAGUGGGAAUUGACGAGGUCCUAGCUGAUCCCCAUGCCUAUGAAUGCAGAUUCGAAGAGGCUAGGGAUAUCGAUAAGGUAAGUAUAAUUACUAGAGAUUGUAAGCUUGUUUACAGUUUAUCGUGCCGAAUUUUGCAAGUACUUUUAUUAUUUUGAUGAAGUCAAUGUCUGAAAGGUAUAUGAUGAUCACUGUCGCCUUUCUCAGAUCCCGAUUCCUUAAGCAUCAGCUCUUGAUUAUUGAUGAAUUUCUGAGCCGAAUUGCCCGAAUAUUUCAUGAGACCGAAUCUCCAUGGCAUGUCCCGUACCCUGCUUUGAUGAACUCUGUCUGGUUCAUUGGGGUUGUCUUAGAGGAAUGGAAUUCGGAGGAUCAAUUUAUAGAGUUGAGCGGCAUCGAAGGCAAACAAAGUUUAGCCAGAGGGCCCUUUGAUGAAAGUGCGGAUCUUUAUCGACACGAAUGGAGAAAACGGGCCAAACAUUUAAUCACAUCGUUCAGAAACAUAAUCAGCAAUAAAGUUAGGGUAGGUUUUAUGCCAGAUAUUAAAUUUUUAAUUUAGGUGUACGCUGCUCAGAAUUGGUUUCAAAUGAAUCAUUCCAAACCUCUUGAUUUCAGUCCAUCAUUGUCGGACUUUGUUGAUGAAAUCAGUCAAAGGAUUAGAUGGCUGAGGGAUAAUAUCAGCGAGGAUUCCAGACUCUCAUUGUACCAUCUUAUUAACUUUGAGGUCUGGGAUUGUCUGAUGGUUGAGGUUGUAUCUUCCAAUUCAUUCACUCACAAGGCCGCGGCUCAAAUGCUAUUUGACUUCCAAGAGGGCCUGAUUCCAUUGUUGAAUAAGGCUUUUAUCCCCUCGAAACGGAGUUUGAAUCAAGAAUCUGGUUUCAGACAUUUUAGUGUGCUGAAAGAAAAAGUAAGAAAUACCUUUGGGAACGUUAAAUAACUUAUUUUAAGAGAUGCUGUGAAGUGCUGAAUGUGCUUCGAUUACUGGCUCUUCCAUCGCCGACCGCUAUUUUGUUAAGAGAUGAGGUGCAACGGAUACCGGAGUCUAUGGUGCACGAGAAGACUGCCCCGUUUGGUAUUGUAGGCUUCAACCGGGAACAAUUGUUACUUUUGUUCGAACAGCGUUGUGAUAUGCACAGAAUUUCUUGAUCUUAAUAAGUAGUUGUAAUUUAUUAAAUUUUUAUGCAAAUUCGUUACUUGUAUUAAGCGGUGUUUUGCCCUAGUCUAUCCAUCUGAUUUUCGGGAGUUUUUAUUUUUAAGAAUGCGGGACUCUGUAAACAAAUAUCACCCCAAGGCUGAGAAUCCAAAUGAGAUUCACGCACAUCUCAUUGUUCCAUCUGCGUUUCCCAUUCUGGUUAAGGUGUUAGAAACAGGAUAUUCGAAUACCGAUGAUGAAGGUGUAUAUCAUGCUAGUGGUACUGUAACGCAAAUACGGAGUGAUAAAAUUAAUUUAUUGGUCGACGUUGGAAAACCAGGAACCGAAUGUACGUGGUAAUCAAAAGUUGAGAUUGUUCUUUUCAGUGCCAGAAGUGGUAGGUGCUCUGGACUGCAUCUUGAUCACCCAUUGGCAUUCAGAUCAUUGUGGUCGUUUGCUUGAUUUCAAGGGUGUCGAGGCUCCAGAUGCUGAAGGAUUCGAGAAGCUAAUCAAAGCUAAAUGUUCAGUCGAGAAUGAAUUCCAAUUGCUGAACCUGAGCGGACAUUCUUCUCAGGAUCUGGCCCUUGUAAUCAGAGGGAAUUCGAAGGAUCCAAUAAUCGUUUGCGGUAAGGGUUCGAUGUUCUAAUCCAUUUUAUUUCUUUAUAUUAUAAAAUCAUUACAGGUGACUUGUUUGAGGACGAGAAAGAGUUUCGAAGUUGCUGGCGAAGCGUCGAGGGCAACGAAGCACUGCAGACUGCCCGUCUUGCAUUGUUGGCCCUUGAUCCAUUCAUCCUCAUUCCCGGCCAUGGACCACCAUUUCUAGUCCGAACUAGUCGAGAGGUUGUUGUGUUUGGGGACAUCAAAAUCAAGGUUUUAACGACAACUCCUUGUCUCCAGUGCCUUAUAUGGACCGACGGGAAAUUCGUAAUGGUCAACUGUUGUCACGAAGGUAGGGUGAUCAGUUUUUUGAAUAAUUGAAUUUAGUCAUCGACCCUGAGUACGUGUCGGAUGUAAUUAUUCUAAAACCCACUCCAUGUUCAACCAAAUACCUUGCUAGAUACGGAAGAAGUCGUGUUUAUAUGGACACGGACGUGCUCACUUAUCCGGACAUAUACGAAAGAUUGGACCAAAGUAAUCAACCUUUAUCAGGACGAUUGAGAUUGGUUAAUACCGGGGCGGAGACGAUCAGCAUUCAAAUCAUGGAUGAUGGUAUAGUUCGUCAUGUCAUUAAGCACACCGGCCGCUAA